AUUGACAUCUAUAUCAACAAAAAAAAAAAUGAUUGGGAACUUAAAUAGAAUUCGAACAUUACUGGCUACCAAAAAGUCGUUAAGAACUUUAGUAAAUAGACAAAGUCAUGUAGUGUCCUAUCGUAGCGCUCCGCCUCCACAUUCAAAGGCUACGAGAAUUGGAGCUGUAGUUGUUGGUGGGGCUAUGUGGUGGUGGGUAAUCUGGCACUUAUGGCAUGAACCUGAUCACAUUACGGGUGAAUUUGAAUAUCCAGAUCCUGCUAAAUGGACCAACACUGAAUUGGGCAUCCCACGUGAUGAUAAGUAAAAGUCUUUUGGUUGAAUUAAUGACAAUGACUUAAAACAGAAAAACAGCAAAAUCAUUAAGUUACAUUGAUGUACAUAUAAUUAAUUGUUACUAUAACAUUAUAACAAGGGAUGUAAAUCUGAGCUGUAAAA